AUGACCAAGCUCAAAGUCACAAUCCAAGUGGACGACGGCCCGGUGCGCCACAUGGAGGAAACCAACCUCCUUGGCCCCAACACCGUCUGGUCAAUGCACCUGCGCACUUUCCCCACCACCACAGACCCCAACUUUACUGCGCUGGCUAAGAACUGGGCUCUCAACGCCAUCGUGCGCGUGCGCAUUCUUCUUGAGGCGCUCGACUGGAACGUGCUUCAAAGCCGCCUUAACAAUGAUCCGACAGCCUAUUACCACGACCCCACCCUAAUCAGCACCAUGUCGUCGGUACAUGCAGCCUCCCUCUUACUUCUGGAGAAGGUGGGGGGCAGGAUGGACGAACUCGAUGACAUUUUUGCCGCGGGAGAGACGCAGGUCGCGGCGGAAAAGCCGAGCCAUUCCAUUCCCCAGAUGACCCAGGCUGUUGCUUCGACUUCCAAUGCCCUCAGCCGGCCAGUCUUGUCAAACUCAGAGCCCCUGCCACAGUCCCAGUUCUCUCAGCUCAAAUUUGCUCACCGCAACACCCCGCACCGAUUUCGACCUAUUGCACCACAGAUUGGUCCCACUCGCAGCAGUCCCACACAAAAGCCCUCUAUCCCGAUUAGCCAGGAGGUUUCGGCCGCACCGUGUCCCAGCCCCUCGACCUUGGAGCUAGAUGCAGACGGCGAGACAGUUGAACCUGAGUCGCCCGAGGCAGGUGGCGUAUCCGAGUGCGAGGUAGGUGUCCAUCCAAACCCGCUGACGCAGAUUCGCGAACUCCGCAAGACCCUUGAGAAGAGCCUCUUCCGUGAAGCAGUCUUGCAGCAACAGCUAGAGUUUGCCCGCAACGCCAACGCCGACAUCACACGCGAUUAUGUAGACGCCACCCAGCGCGAGCUCGCCCUAAGCAAGGAGCUCAAACUGGCAGGCCGGCAGAAGUCUCAAGCCGAGCUGGAGCUGCGGAUGGUCAAGACGCGUCUCACGAGAAUUCUCCACGACAACGACAUUCUACAGGAGCUUCUCUCCGAUGGCACGGACGUUAUUGAAGAGCUCGAAAAACAGCACGUCUCCGAGCUUGAAAGCGUUGCAGAAGGGGUGUCUGUCCAGACCGUGAAGAAGGCGCGUCUUCCGUGGCUCGAGGAGGACAAGAACCACUUCCUCAACUCAGUUUACGAACUGCUCGGCUCACCUUCAAUUGAAGUCCUUCAGAUGCACGACCGCAUCAAACCUCGUGCCCAAGGAGAAGGUCAAACCCAAGGCCCGUUCAGCCCAUCUAAAGACUUGGAGAGGCUCAACGGGCGGAAAGUGAUGGACACGUUCACCUUUCCCCCUCGCUCUGACCGCCAAGUUGUGUGCAAUGAGGCAUCUCUCAGCACCAACUGCACUCGCAGGAUGUCUUUCAGCACUGCAGACAAGGUCGACUGCAGUGAGCCCGCAUACAGAGACGAGUCCCCCUCCCCCUCCCCUGAGCGCUAG